AUGAGAACACGAUUACUUGUUAAUAUAGCAUCUGGUGCCAGCGGCUUCAUUAUUAUAACAUCAUUAAUUAUUGUUGCUAUCUUAUUCCAAGAUAUUAAUAGCUUUUAUUAUGAAGUAUUGGAUGAUAUGGAUGAGUUUAAGAUAUUGGCAGAUGAUGCAUGGGAUGAGUUGAUGAGUGCUCAUGUGAAGCAUAAAGGAGUUGCCACCAAAAAACAAUCACUUACACCUUUCGGCUUUAAACCACGUCAAAAACGUAGUGCUAUCUGUGCAUGUGCUCUUCAAGCUGUAAAUUGCCCACAAGGACCACCUGGACCACCAGGAGAUGACGGUCUAGCCGGAGAACCAGGUGAACGUGGCUUAGAUGGCAAACCGGGACCAGAUGGUAUUGCUGUAUCAACAGGUAACAAUACACGCGGAGGUUGCAUUGUUUGUCCACCUGGACCACCUGGGCCGCCAGGUCCAACAGGGCAACCAGGACCACCAGGUCCAGCUGGAAUGCCAGAGAAACCCGGUGCUGAUGGCAGCGUAGGACCGCCAGGACCACCGGGAGAACCUGGAGACGCCGGAAAACCAGGUCCACCCGGAAAAGAGGGAUUACCUGGAGCACCAGGAAAGCCAGGGGUUCAAGGACGCGGUAGUCCAGGACAAAAAGGAGCACCAGGUGCAAUUGGUCCAGCGGGAAGUGCUGGCCCAUCAGGUGAAGCUGCUGGACCUGGUCCAAUAGGUCCGCCAGGACCCCCAGGACCACAGGGACAACCAGGAACUGCUGGAACACCUGGCCAAUCAGGCGAACCUGGAGCUCCUGGUGUACCUGGUGGAGAUGCAGCUUACUGCCCUUGCCCACCACGUUCCGUCAAAACAGAAGUUGUUCACAAAAUUGAAUCAUCCCAAAAAUAUGAGGAAGUGACUGGUUCUUAUGUCCGACAAUCCGAAAAUCGUACUCGGAAAUACGGAUUAAUUCACAAAUAA